AUGUCUACCCAAGUUCUUAAAGUUGGUGUAUUAACAGUUAGCGAUCGUUGCUCUAAUGGUAGUGCUGAAGAUAAGAGUGGCCCUAACUUAAUACGAAUCAUUCGAGAAGAUGGCAGUUUUGGAGAAAAUCCCAACAUUGUUUACAAAUGUGUAGCAGAUGAAGUAGAUGAUAUCAAGGCCGUUCUGCUAGAUUGGUCAGAUAAUGUAAAGGUGCACUUAAUCCUUACUACAGGUGGUACGGGAUUUGCUGCUAGAGACGUCACACCUGAGGCUACAAGUCAAGUCAUUGAUCGAGAAGCACCUGGAUUAGUUAUUGCAAUGAUUACCAAGUCACUCAACGUAACACCGAUGGCCAUGUUAUCGAGACCUGUUUGUGGCUUCAGAAAACAAACCCUUAUAGUUAACUUUCCUGGCAGUAUGAAAGGAUCUCAGGAAUGUUUUGAAUUUAUUAAACCAGCUCUACCCCAUGCACUUGACCUUAUCCAAGACUCAUCUGAACGAGUUGUAGCAGCACAUAAAGAAAUACAAAGUGUUGAGGGUUCGGUAUCACACACCUGUCCUCAUGGUCGCCAUCAUAAGCAUAAAACCCAGGAACAAAUGGGAGAUAUGCGUACAGAUCAGAAACAAACACGAUCUCGUGAGGACUUUUAUAAAGUAGCAGAACGGGCUAGACAGUCUCCAUUUCCAAUGUUACCUGUUCAAGAAGCUAUAAAAAUUGUGCUAGAGCAGGCUAAAUCUGUUGGAGAAGAACAAACCAAGAAUCUAUUAGACGCUCAUGGACGUGUUUUAGCAAGCGAUGUUUACGCUACAGAUCCUGUUCCCCCUUUUCCAGCAUCAAUCAAAGAUGGCUAUGCUGUGGUAGCGGCUGAUGGACCUGGAAAACGUUCCGUUAUUGGGCCUAUCACUGCUGGCGAUAUGUCCGAUGUCAGAGUUAAACCUGGCUGUAUUGCGCGAAUUAGUACUGGAGCAGUAGUGCCAGAAGGUGCUGACGCAGUCGUACAAGUAGAAGAUACAGAACUCUUUCAAUCCUCUGAUGAGGGUGCUGUCGAGCUGUCUGUUAAAAUAUUAUCAGAGCCAAAAGUUGGUCAAGACAUUCGUCCUGUUGGCUUUGAUAUCAAAGCUGGAGAAAAAGUUUUAUCUGCUAAUGAUUACAUUGGCUCCGCAGAGUUAGGAAUCUUAGCAACUGUUGGCUGUACAAGUGUUAAAGUUUAUAAAUCUCCCUUAAUAGCUAUAUGCUCAACGGGUAACGAAGUGUGCGAUCCUGGUGUGCCCUUAGGUGUCGGCCAAAUUAGAGAUAGUAAUCGUUUUAGUAUCAUUAGCCUGCUAAAAUCCGAAGGCUUCGAAACUGUAGAUAUGGGAAUAAUAAGAGACAGUCCAGACGAGGUAUCUAUGAAAUUUAAAGAGCUGCUAUCAAAAUUUGAUGUGAUUGUUACUUCGGGUGGUGUAUCAAUGGGUGAAAAAGACUACUUAAAAGGUGUUCUCCGCGGUGUACUCGAUGCAACGAUUCAUUUCGGACGUGUUUUCAUGAAACCAGGAAAACCUACAACGUUUGCUACGGCGUCAUUUAAUGGAAAAACUAAAUUAAUAUUUUGCCUGCCUGGCAACCCAGUAUCUGCAGUUGUAACGUGCCAUCUGUUUGUAAUUCCUGCAUUACGAAAAAUGGCCGGAUAUUCACGACCUCAGGCCUCUAUCGUCAAGGCUAAAUUGGGAUUUGGAAUAAAUUUGGAUGCCCGACCUGAAUAUCAUCGUACUGUUUUAUCCUGGCCAAGUCAAGAAAAUCUACCAAUAGCUAGUACUACUGGUAGUCAAUGCAGUAGUCGUAUUACUAGUAUGCGUAGUGCUAAUGCCUUAUUAAUGUUACCACCAAAACAGGAUAACCUGAAAAGGCUGGAGAUUGGUAGUAUUGUUGAUGCAUUGAUGAUUCAUAAAUUGUAG